AUGUCAUAAAAAUUCGGACCUCUUUAAUUAAAAAAAAAAAUUCAAAAAACUAAUCCAACAGAAAAAAAACCAUACAUUCAAUAAGAAACAGUUGAAAGUAAUUAAUUAUCAUAUAUACAAAAGAGUAAGAAUAAGAAAAUGAAAAAGUUAAAAAGUAAUAAUUCAAUCCAGUUGAAAUGGCUUAGUAAGGAGGAACAGGCAAGACAUAAGCAGAAAUCCAGUAUGAUUUAGUUAGGCUAAAGAGAUUAGGUGAAAAAAUAGAGAAGGUAUAUAUACUUUUAUAAACCCUUUAGAAAAUGGAUUUAACAUACAGAUAAAAAAUAGAAACAUUUAAUAAGAAAAUAUAAAAAAUGCCAGAACAUUAUGAUAUACCAAAAGUUGGUCCAGGUUGA